ACGACCAAGCCAAAUUGACGUUGCUCUGGUCUUUUCCACCAACGAUAACAGUCAGGCGACGACGGUGAUUUUGAGGGACGACGAUUGGACAAGAAAGCGCAGCCACCCUCCCCUCUCCGACGACCAAGAGCAUGGUGUGACUCUUCUUCGACUAGCAAUCGACGGUGGCACAUCCUCCUAACGACAUCGGCAACUGGCAGCGGCGUCUAGGAGCAGCAUGCAGGUCCUGGCAGCAGCGGUGAAGUCAGACGCCAGCGAAGGCUGGGCGGCGAGUUGACCUGGUCCACGGCGAAGGUGCUCCGGCGAAGGUGCUCCGGCGAACGACCUCUAGUGACCGGCGACGUCAAGGUACUAAUUGAUUGGGUUCGGGCGGGCCUAGGCAGAAGCGGGCUAGUCUGGGCAGCUGCGGUUAUGCUCGAAUGGUGUUGGGUGUUCUGAGGAGGCUGACAACGAGACCGGGCACCGGUGACAACCUUGGACAGUGGAGAUGUUUUCCGAGAUGGUCUUCUAGUAACGUUCGUAGGAAUAAGACAAGAGAACAAGGUACUCAUGGAGGGGCUAACCUUGGAAUACAUCCUGGAAGGCAGCAUGACGGAGGAGAUGUUGAUGUGUUUGAAACUCUCAAUGAAAGCACCAAUGAUGGGUUUAUGAACCCAGGCCUAGAGUACACUAGGUAGAGAGUAAUCGAACAAGCUGAGUAUGAGUAUGCUCUUGAUUAUAGUAUUGAUUACGGUGAAGAAUUUGAUGCCUCCCUUUAAAGUGGAGGGCGGAUUAUAUACGAAUUACAUGUCUCCAGUAGUUUUCACGCAGCCAUUAUCUACGAUAAGGCCCUUGUCAGGCCCAUUAGGUACGGGGU